UAAGGUCUCAUAUGUUUUCAACGGGUAUUCGGUUAAGUGGUUAAACCAGUUCAAGUUUUAUCCUUUUGUUGUCAAUUAAUUUGGUUUACUUGUUAAUUUCUAAAUUGUGACAAUCUUGAUGUUUAAUUAGUUAUUUUUAAUGACACAAUCGCGAAAACAACAAAAAACAAGAAAAAUUAAAGAGAAUCAACAUUUUCCCUUCUUCCAAAAGCAGGUCAUCAGUUGGACUCUCUCUCUCUCUCUCUCUAUUUUGUGCUUCUUCUUAAGGGUAAGUGAUGAGGACCUGUGCCCGUGAGGUGUAAAAGGUAAACCGAAAUCAACAGUGGACCUGGAAAUCAACGCGCAAGAAAAAACAACAUCAUCAAUAUUCACCAGUAACCAGGAGCGAUCAGCAUAACAACAUCAUCACCAGAAAACCAGAAGAAAUGAACAACAAAAAAGUAUCUCGAUCACCAUGUCCAGUGUUUAGGAUGAAUAAGUGAACAAAACUAAGCCUGAAACCAUCAUCAUCUUUAUAAGAAUCUUAAGAACAUUUUUUAUGAGUUGUUUUGUUUAAGUAAAUAAGUUUCUCUCUUCAUCAUCUUCUCCUCACCACCAACCUGGUUAUGUAAUCUACAUAGAGAGAAGAAGCAAAAACCAACCAGGACCAAAAUCUCCAAAUAUUUAUAACAUCAUUUCUCUCUCUCUCCCUUUUACAUGAACCACAAUUGUUCAUUUAAUCCAUAACAUCAUCACCAUUCCUUACAUUAGUUUUACUCAUCAUCAGUGAAAAAACAACAACAAUAGUCAUUUAAAAUUCUAUGUAUGUUUUUCUGGAUCAGUGACUUAUUUUAGUGGGAAAAACAACAGAAAUCAACCCUUACCAUCCAAAGGAAACAAAUAUGGUGAAAACGGGUGACAAAGUUGAAUGGGUUGAGAUUAUACCCUCAAAAUCAGGUAAAUUAAUGUAUGCAAAUCUAAAGACUGGUGAAUGUUCCUGGGAUCAGCCGAAAACAUCUCCUAACAUCAACAUCCGAAGGAUUAAUGAUCAAACUCAACAAUGGUGGGAACUUUCUGAUGUGAAAAGUGCUCGAUUUUAUUGCAAUGUAAAUACGUCGGAAACAAAGUGGCAAAAACCUAAAGAAGAAGGUGUAAUCAUUAUCCCUUUGGCCAAACUUCAAUUAUCGAAACAAAAUACUCUUCCUCCAAGUGACGAUAUUAAUUCGGAGAGAGUGGACAAUUCCACUCAGACCAAUAGUUCAUUCAUCUAUUGUUCUAACGCAUCAACUCAGACCUCACCGCCAACCGGUACAACGACCACAUCCCAUCAUCAUAUUCCCCACCAUCAUUCACACCAUUCGAGACACUGUUCAUCAAGCCAUGCACAUAAUCACUCAGCCAUUUCUGAGAGGAGUUUAAGACAUUAUCUAUUAAAUGAGGCUCGUUUUGCUGGCCUCUGUUACAAUAUUGACGAUAAUUAUUAUGAAGGAAGUGAUGAAGAAGAGUAUGAUGGUGAAGCUUAUGAAGGCUCUUCAGAUGAAAGUUAUACCGAUAAUUGGGAUGCGGAUGACGAGGACAAUAAUGAAGGAGAAGAGGAUGAAUAUGAGGAAGAAACUGACGAGGAAUCUGAAGAUGUUAUCGAUGGCAGGUCAUCAUAUCAUCGACGUGAUGAAACCGAUACUAGUGAUUACUAUGAGACUUCAUCCUUUGUUUACUAUAAAAAAUCAGCAUCUUUUACAAGUGGAUUGGGUUCAUUAGAUGCUAGUGAGAAACCAAUUAAAUCAGCUGAAGAUAAUAACACUGGAAUAUUGGACAUUGUUAGAGCAGAGAAAAGAAAAACAAAAGAUAAAUCAUCUGAGACUGAACACAGUGAAACAAGUGAAAAGAUAUUACGAACAAAAGAUCGAGAUGAAGAAGGGAAAGUUCGUAAAAAGGAUAAGCUGAAAGAGAUUAAAAAGGAAGAUAAAGAAAACGAUGACACCGAAACUAAACCCGUGCCUCCAAGAAGAGGGAUCUCUCUUGAUUCGUCGAUUAUUCAAGCACAAACCAAUGAACAAUUGGAGAAAUACGCUCGUGAAAAUAUUAAACGUCACCUUAAAAAAGGUGGACUUAAUCAGAUGUUAAAGCGACGACAUUCACUUAAGGGAAUGUUAAUAUGGACCAAGUUUUCAAUCAAACAGCCAAUGAUUGCGACCUUAAUGAACGACAAUGACCUUAAACAAGAGGCAAUCAAUUGUUUUAAGUUAAUUCAACAGUAUUGUGGGGACAGAGGAAAAGGAAAUACCAAAAAUGUUGGUACUAAGACAAAUACUCUAGUUCGUAGAGAGGAAGUAGCUAAAGAAUUGAUCACUAAAGGUGUGGUUAGAGGACUUUUACUUCGUGAUGAGAUUUUUGUACAACUUUGCCGUCAAACAACUGAGAAUCCAUUAGAUGAAAGUUUACAAUUAGGCCUUGAGUUGAUUGCUCUUUGUCUCUACUACUUUGGCCCAUCACAAAAGUUUGCACCUUACCUGAGCUCCUUUUUAAGUAGCCAUAAAAGUGAAUUUGCACGGAAAAUUUGUCUCAAAAAGUUAGACAAUAAGAUGGAAUCACUGGGUGGAUCAAAUAGCUCCGUUGGUGCCCAUUGUCGUAAACCAGCCUCCGUUCAAGAGAUUUCCAUGGUAAUCCAGUCAAUUAAACGAGGUUACCUGGGCAUGUUUGGUGAAUCUUUAAAUAAUUUAAUGACACUUCAAGGUAACUAUCUACCUAAGAGAAAGUUACCUUGGAUUCAAGUGACUUUAAGUGAAACUAUUUUACGUUUGGGUGGAGCGGAACAAGAAGGAAUUUUUCGUAUUGCUGGAGAUGUUGAGGAAACAACUAUGCUCAAAUUGUAUAUCGAUUGCCUUCAACCAGAUAAAGAGCUGGAAACUGAUUUUAUCGUUUUGUGCAACAAAUGGAAAGGUAUUCUUUGCCAUGAAGGUGAUGUUAACCUGGAUGUCAAUGUAUUUGCCUGUUUACUUAAACAAUGGUUUCGAGAGCUUCGAGAACCUGUAAUACCUUAUAGCUUUUAUCAGGAAGCUUUACAUACCUGUGAAUCGCCUUCAAAUGCGAUAUACAUGGUUGAGAAAAAGUUACCCGCCAUCAAUAAACUGGUCAUUGGUUAUCUAAUUCGUUUCUUACAAGUUUUCAGCGCCAAACAGAAUGUUGAUUUUACUAAAAUGGAUGAGAACAAUUUAUCAAUGGUUUGGGCACCAAAUAUACUUAGAGCUCCUCCAAACAGUAACACAAUGCCAACAUCUAAUUCACCUAAUGCAACUUUAAUCUUUGAGAAUACAAGGAAGGAGAUGACUUUCAUCAGAACUUUGAUUCAGUAUUUGGAUACAAGUUACAUUCAAGGUGUAAUCUAGUCACAAGUCGAUACGAAUGAUGAGAAAUCAACCUUCAAUUUCAUCAAAUUACAUGAAAUCUUUUUUUCUACUACAUUAAACAAGGAAUAAUUUGUGAAUGUACUUGUGUGUGUGUUUCUCUCUCCUACUAAUUGCAUGAUAUUGAAUUGAUUUUCUUUCACCGAAUGAAAAUUCAUGAAAAUGAUUUUGCUUCUCUCUCCAACAACUAAACAACUAAACAAAUGAACAAUUUACUUGUUAAACAUUCGGGAAAAAAGUAAAAGCUCAACAAUGAUGAUUAUCAAACAAGAUUACCUGAAGAUGGUGUUGAAAAUCAAUAAGGAAAUGUCACGAAAAAAUGAUCUUCAUCAUAUCUAAUCAACUCUCAUCUUUUAUCAUCAUUGGUCAAUCGUCUCUUGAUACACAUACACACUAAUACAUUGGUCUAAAUGUUUAAAAAACGCAUGAUUUAUACAAUCAAUUAACUAAUUUUUUUCUCUCUCUAUUCUUAAUCAUCUGGGUAUUUGGAGAUUAUUUUGAAGGAGCCAAUUUACACUCUAGAUCUUUUUCAUCGUCAUCAUCAUCAUCAUCAUCAAUUGUCAACAAUUUAUCAUCAACAUUCUCAUUCUCAUUCUCAUCAUUUGAAUUUGCAUUUUGAAAAACAAUCACAGAAAAUCAUGUUAAUCAAACCAAUUCUGGGUUCAUGAUUAUCUCUCCUUUUCUCAUUAAUCCAUUUCUAUCGUUCUCAUGAUAACAUGAUUACUCUGUGAUUAAUUCACUGAUUGUAUUUAAUUAAGUUUUGUUUCAAGUAAACAAAAAUAAUAAAUCUCCAAGCAGAUUAAUUUAAAAAAUUUAUAAAUAUGAAUAUAAAUAAAAUAUAUAUUAAUAGUA